GGAAUAUUGACCUCUCUCAUAGUUGGUAUCUAUGUGUUUCUUCCAGGAAGAUGGGAUUCUCCACAAUCCUCGCUCUGUUGGUCACUGUUCUCAUCACCCUCCACUUUAUUAUAUCAUGGUGGAAACAGCACAUACGGUACAGGUCACUGCCCCCCGGACCCACCCCACUGCCUUUCCUGGGCAACCCGAAGUAUAUGGAUCUGCGAACUGCUGAUAAAAAUUACACCUUGGCUCAGCCAAAAGUACGGCUCGGUGUUCACCAUCUGGAAACUGACGGAGCCGGUGGUGGUCCUCUGUGGUUAUGAGACGGUGAAGGACGCACUGCUGACCCACGCCGAGGAGUUCAGUGCCCGCCCAUUUAUACCCACACUGCACAUCCCCACCAAAGGAUACAGUA